UAUACUGCAGCCCGCGACGUAAUCAUAAACAUGUGUUUUGCGAGAAGCUUAUUAAAGACAUGCAGACGUAUAUAUUUAGAGCGUCCUCUUCUAGGCAAUUGCAUAACAUACGCAAUCUUAUAUCCUAUGGGAAGCUUUCUGCAUCAAAAUAUUGACGACAAAAAUUAUAAACACUACGAUUAUGUAACCAUGAUGAGAUUUAGUUUAUUUGGCGCAUUCUAUGUUGCCCCAUUACUGCACGGUUGGAUUAAACUGACCUCGGCCAUGUGGCCAAACACUAAUUUCAAAUCGGGCCUAGCGAAGACACUCGUAGAGCAAGUAUCUCUCAGUCCUCUCUCUUCCUAUACGUUUUUCCUAGGCAUGGCUCUAUUAGAGGGUAAAACAUUUCAAAACGCUCGAAAAGAAGCUAAUGAAAAAUUUUUACCCACAUUUAAGAUAGCUUCCUGCGUUUGGCCCUUGUUACAACUUUUCAGUUAUUCAGUGCUGCCUGAACGGACUCGUCUAUUAUUUAUUGGCUUUUGCAGCGUAUGUUGGACUGCCUUCCUGGCAUGGGUUAAAAAAAAAUCGGUUAAAAUGACAUAA